AAAAGAGUAUAAAAGAGAAGAGCAACAAUUUUUUUUUUAUUAUUAUUUUACAUCAACAAUAAAAACCAGUGAAAAUGGUCCAAUUCCUCUCCUUCGGUCUUUCCUUAAUCGCCACAUUAGUUUUAGCUUCUUCAGUCGACGCAGCUAGCAAGACUUGCGUUGUUGCUAAAAGUAGCUCUGAUGAUUCCAUUACCAUUGCUAAGGCCUUCUCUGAUUGUAAAUCUGGAGGCAUUGUAUCAUUCCCUAAAGGAAACACUUAUUACAUGAAGAGUAUGCUCAAGAUUGAAGGCUUAAAGGGUGUCACUGUUAACUUCAACGGUAAAAUUGUCUUGCCUGCCUUCAACAAGAGCUUCAAGGGUGGAAGUGCUUACAUUUAUAUCAAGGGUGAUCACAUUAACUUUACUGGUGGAGGAACCAUUGAAGGUAAUGGUCAAACUUGGUGGGAUAUUAAGGACACUACUGCUCCUACUGUUCUUAGAAUCGGCGCCACUAACUCUGACUUUGGUAACUUUAAUAUUCUCAAUUCCCCUAGAGCUCAUAUGGGUAUUACUGGUGCCAAUAAUGUUGUUCUCCAUAAUGUUUACUUGAAGACUGUUUCAUCUAACAGCAAUUUACCCAAGAACACUGACGCUUUGGAUAUCUCUUCUUCCAGCAACAUUAUCUUUAAAGACUCUGACCUCUUCGUAGGCGAUGACUGUACCGCUAUUAAUGGUGGCGUUACUAAUGUUACACUUUCUAAUGUUAAGUGUACUGGUGGCCACGGUUUCAGUGUCGGUAGUCUCGGUAAGGCUGGCUCAACUGAGUACGUCAAAGACGUCACUGUUGUUAACAGUAUCUGUACCAACUGUCAAAACGGUUUAAGAAUUAAAACUUGGAGUGGAGGAAAGGGUGCUGUUCAAAAUGUCAAAUUUAACAAUGUUCAACUUAUUAACACCGAAAACCCCAUCAUCGUCACCACACAUUACUGUGAUAAGAACCAAAUGUCUUACUGUCAAAAGAGUGAUUCCAAGUCUUUGUCUAUUAGCGGUGUUACUAUCAGUAACAUUUCUGGUUCUGCUUCUGCUAAGUCUAACCCUAUUGUCAACAUUAACUGUUCUUCCGGAUCUCCCUGCAGUGGAUUUUCUAUCUCUGGUGUUAACAUUAAGAAGUCUUCCAAAACAAAGAAGAAUGUUUGUACUUAUCUUAACAACUCCAGCAAGAUCGGUGUUUGUAGUCAAUAAAUAACUAAAUUUUAAUAAAAUAAAAUAUUUAUGUCACCUUUCACACCAGAAA